GAGGGUUCAACGCACUGAAUAAGCAGUCACUCCAGGAGUCACACUGAUAUCCAUCACAUCUCUUUUUUUCCACGACUAGUAGAUGUGAGCAGUGUGCACAUAUUGACAGAUGAGAAUAUUUGGAAGAAGCCUCGCCAGACAAACUGAUUGAUUUUUUUUAGGGUGGAUAUCAGUUUGUUGGAAAACGGUCGGCUGGAGAACAAGUGUUGCCAUGGAAACUAUUUUGCUCUUCCUCUCUUCACUCCUGGUGUGUGUGGCUGCCGUAUCAGACCCCAGUGCACAGGAUGGCAAGGAGACAGUUGAAGACCCAUUUGUUUAUAACUAUGAGAGCCUGAGGAUCGGGGGAUUGGCAUUUGCCGUGGUGCUGUUUACUCUGGGCAUCCUGCUCAUCCUCAGUCGACGAUGCCGCUGCAAUAUCAACCAGAAGCCCAGGGCUCCCGGAGACGAGGAGGCGCAGGAGGAGAACCUGAUUGUCUCCAAGGUUGCAGCGGCUGCCAAAGAGACUCCAGCAGAGAACUGAGGCAACUCCCCCGGACCGAGCUGCUUUCUGAAAGGACGAUCAGUUUCUAUUUGAUAUUAAACCACUCGAACAGUGAAGAAAAGGAUGAUUAUACAAACCGGUUAUUUGACAGGGUAGGAGGGGAGGUAUAUAUGUUUAGAGGUGUAAUAUGUACAUAAAUGUUGUACCCUGAAGACAAACCUGUUAUGCUCCGUUGUGACCGUGCUCUUGUCUGUUCCUGUGCCUUUCUGUGACUCACUCCAGUUCUUCGUCUUAGCCGGUAGCACCUUUGACA